CUCACGCCGCGUGCCAGAACUCGGCUAGAGUCUUGCAAGUUUCAACGCUGCAACGUUUAACACUCUUGCUUUCAGUGCCAUGGCGGAAGCUCGUCCGGCAUGGAUGACGGACGAUUUAGAUGAAGAAUGGAUAGACGAAGACGAAGCAUCGUCCAUGGGUACUCAGUCCAUCUCUCUCACAACUCCGUUACCUGGCUACCUGCGAACCCCAAGUCAAGCUCAGGAUGACACUGAGCCACUUCCAGUAGCACCUGAACCAGUUGGUACGUUUUUAAUCCGCGAGGAUAUACCCAUUCCAGCUCUCUUGCAAAAGACGCCAGGACGACAACCUAAGAGGGGCAUCAUUAAAGACUUCUUCAGUCCUUUAGCACUCGAGAAAAUGUUCGAGCCACCUUCACCACCUCCUUCGAAGCCAAUUGUACUUGCGUUCCAGUGUGCUCCAACAAUUCCUUCUCGCCUAUCUCAGGCCUACACGCCAAACGACUCACAGACAGACCUCGAACCAGGCAAGCCUACGGUACCCUCCCUCAAUUCACUUGCGCCGCCCGGAUCUAGUGUAGAAUGCAAAUUCACUUUUGCUGUUCCUCGCACAAAUGGUAGUUUGCCUCAGGGAGAAAGCACGCCAAGUGUUUACAGCAUCGCGCGACCUCCCAUGACAGACCCGCGCCUACGCCUUUUCCAGCUUCAGUACGACACAUUCACGCGUGAUCACUUGUCGGCAAUGGUCGAUUCAAUAGCAAUUAAUACGCCUUCUGGUGGAAGCGCAGAAGGCAAUGGUUCUUCCAGGAGCAUCCUACGCCCAGGAUUGAUCAACGUGCAAGAGGCUACCGUCUCAGACGAUACACCUAUUCGCAGCAUCAAACGGGUUAAACUCAGCCCCCCAGGCGACUAUUAUGGCGAAGGCGAUGGUGUGGGUGCUACCAUCGCAAGGCCAAUGGUCUCAAGGGUAGACUAUGUUGGCGAGUCUCGUUCCCUCAUGCAACAGAUCAAGGCCGCACGCGAUUUCUCCACGAUUUCUACUACGGCAGGUCCGCAGUUCCCUGAAAGCCAAGCAGACGAUAGAGCUGAGGCUCUCAACGCGCAGUCUAAGCCUUCAUCAGGUACUGGUACCUCUGUCCUUCGCGUCCCCGAUGAUCGUAGCGCGGUUACUACAAGUUCAUCGACAGCCGUAACUGCUCCCAGUAAUAAUUCGUCUCUGGCAUAUCGCCAUCAAGCAGCGACCUUGAUGCAGCAGAUCAAAAAUGAUAUUCGAGGGUCAAAACGUCUUUUCUCAAGUGCUACUGACAUAUCCCAUUUCACCCAUGCGGACGACAUUUCACGUAUUGAACGCUCGUGCGACAGCGUAUGCUCUGUAUCUCAAGUUAACCUCAGCAAGAAGAAAGUCAACAAGUUCGGGUCACCCCGCAGGCCGUCAUCUUCCUUCAAGAGCUACCGCAGUCCACGGAAAGCGUCGCGCAAUACCAUCGCUGAGGAUGCUGACCGAACGUUGGAGCACGAAAUGUCCAAUAUGUCCAUUGAAGCACCCUGGCAGCAUCUAGUUACAUCCGUGUCUAUCACACCUAAUACAGGUCUCAAUAACGUCCCGCACAUUCGGGUAACUCCUUCGACAAGUCAGCAUUCUAUGGCACAUGCUCCUGAACAGAUCCCCUCUUCGUAUCCCUCAUCUUCGACCCGCUCUGGCCCCAAUGAGGAUAUUAACAGGAUGGUGUCCUCUAGCACAGCUUCUGGAACCAUAACCACGACGAGCAGUGCACCCUCGUUCGUCAAACACGCUGGUCCAGUUCAGAUCACCCGCAUCGCGCCAUCGGAUGUACCAGCUCUCCCACAGAGAGUUGGCCGUAUGGUCUAUGACAAGGAUCUCAUGAAGUGGGUGAGGGUCGCUACUCGUUCGGCCUCAGAUGCCGAGGACCAGCGCAAUCAGACAACUUGCACCGGCACAGAUGGAGAUAGUGAGGAUCCAUUCAAAGACAUAGAGAGCCUGAAGGAAGAUGACUCCAGGGAAACGCAUGGAAGCGCGCACAUAGAUGUUGAAGGUGAUAUCCCUGAAGCUGGAGGAGAGCAUGAUGAGAUGGAGAGCAGUCGCGUUGAAGAGGCCGAAGAGGAUGUGGAGCUAAAUGAUCAGGAAGAAGUUGACCUGACAUCCUUUUCCUUCGACGGGCCAUCGAUCGCGGCUGUCCGCAUUAUGCCAUCGGAUGAUUCGGAAGGAGAGGGGGAAGUGCAAACAAGUCAUUCCGAAUCAGACAAUCGUCAUGGAACUGCGCUUGGGGGUGAAGGCGAGGACGCUGCUGCUGUCUUUGAAUCGGAGGAUGAAUGCUCGCCUGCUCCUGUGUCCGUCCGGCCUGCUUCGAACUCUACUGCGGUAGCUACGCCAGUUGCGCCACAAUGUCGGUCAUUAUCGCUUACCACUCCAAUGCCCCGCUCGGCCCUGAAGAGCACGAGCGUUACUCCCGUGUCAGCUAUGAAGGACUCGAGCCGUGACCGGCACGGCACUCCAGCGCAACGACUAGGCCACUGUCGUUCCGUAAGUUUUUCUGAUGGAAAGAGGGACGGGCCUAUACGGGGCCUGAAUCCAAAAGGCCACGAGAGUGAUGACGACGUGGGUAGCCUGGCUACGAGUACUUCAGAGCAUGACCCUGCACAGGGGCUAUUCAUACCCUCGGCAAGGUCCAGACGCAUAGCGGAGAUGAUGGAGAACUUAGAAAGCCCUGGGUUUGAUAACGUCUCGCCCACGAAGCCAUCAAGUUCGGGCCGUCCACCGACAGAAGAACUUCAACCUUUCGCUCCUAGGCGGCCGAGUAGUCAAAUGGCUAUCGCCGAUUGUAAUGGAUCGACCCAUCGUGUGUUCUCAACGUCACAGAAGAGUCGUUUAAGUGGGAGGGACCAGAAGACAAACGCUACUUUCCUGACUGAGUGCUCCUUUGGCUUGGCGCAUGACCGACUCGUGCAGGUGAUCACCGAUGUUCAGCCAUUUGAGCCACACUGGGACGAGCUGCACAGUAUUGAUCUUUCUCGCAAGUCGUUGGACGGUGUGACUCGACUGAAGGAGUUUCUACCGAAGUUAGAUUCUCUAGUAUUAAAUCAUAAUCAGCUGUCAUGGCUGAGCGGCAUCCCCAAUUCUGUGCGGACGCUUUCUGUCGCUCACAACUUAUUGACAGGUGUCACUUCAUUUAGUUACCUGCAGAACAUUGAAAGCCUUGACAUAAGUCAUAAUGACAUCGACUCCUUAACACAACUGCAGUGUCUUCGGCACUUGAGGGAGCUACGAGCUGAUGGCAAUCGCAUUACCAGCAUCGACGGCCUUCAGAAAUUGGAUGGGCUGACCAAGCUCAGUCUACAAGGCAACCAAAUUCAAGAAGCCGAUUUUGCCAAAUAUCGAUGGCCGCGUUUGGAGAUGCUAAACCUGAGCGGGAACUGUAUUUGCAGUAUCCUGAACUUGGCAUCAAGCCUACCUGCACUAAUUGCACUCAAUGUCGACAAUAAUAUAGUGGACAAUAUUGAGCCUGGUGGCAUAAUGCCAAGAUUACGGAUCCUUCGAGCUAGCAGCAACCGAUUGAGGCGCCUGAGCAUUGCCCCAUUCCCAAACCUCCGCACGCUUUACCUGGACAACAAUUUUCUCGACACUCUCGUAAAGGCGGAACGCCUUAGUAAGCUGGAGAAUCUUAGCAUGCGAAAUCAAACUUCUUGUGGAUUCUACCUUUCGACCCGGCAGUUCCGCGAUGUAAAGCGACUAUACCUUUCUGGGAACAAACUCAAGAGUGACUUCAUCGACGAGCCCUGUUACAAUUUGCUGUACCUUGAGGUAGCCGCUUGCCGGCUCACCUCUCUCCCACAGGAUCUCGCGCGUCUAACGCCAAACCUAAGGGUCCUGAAUCUCAAUUACAACUUUUUGAACGAUGCGCUCUCCCUGGAGGGGCUUACCAGACUUAAGAAGCUGACUAUGAUUGGUUCGCGCUUGAAGGGGACUAAACAGCUGAUCCGCAUAUUACAGCGUAUGCCUGAUGUGGAAAUGGUUGAUUUCAGGAUGAAUCCGUGUACACUUGGGUGGUAUCUACCGCUUCUGGUGAAAGACUUACCAGGGGCACUACAACCAUCUGAGAGAACUGAGGAUGGUCAGCUCAGGGGUGAGAAGGGAAGCACAGAAUAUGGAUGGCAAGAACUAGACUCGAAGUUCCGCCGGGACCUCCCGGAUGAUGCAUAUGUCGGCCGCCUCGCAUAUCGAGGGCUGAUCAUGCGAGCAUGUCCCAGGAUAGGGAUGUUGGAUGGUGUUGAGGUUUCGGAGAAGGAACGGACGAAGGCUGAUCAACUGCUGCAGGGGAUGAUGGCCAAGAGUAAAAUUAAGGGGGGUAAGGGGAAGUCAGGGACAAUCGGCGCUGGUGGCACAAAGUGAUUCCUGGUGACCGACUCCAGUGCAUUGAUCGAAUUGGGAUGUUUGCAUUGUGAUGUAUUUGCGGUGUUUGUAGAUCACAAUAUAUCAUACUGUAGGUAUCCUGGAUCAAGUAAGUGGAACUUUGUUACGUGAAUGGAACGGGGCAAGAUUGAUGGGUUUGAAGCGAUGAUGAUCUGAGAGAGGUCGAUCCCGAAGCUUAGUGGGGGUAAGGACGUACGAGGGUGACGAUGAUUUUAAGUUUGGUGUAUGGUGUUGGGGCAAGGAAGUAGUUGCGAUCGAUGCGGAAGGCCGCUAUCGGAAAUGUGGAACGAGCUGUAUACUAAUUGUGGAAGGCUACCGACCGUUGGCGGUGCAGAGAAACGUAAGUGAACCCUAUUGGAACGGCUUAAGGGGAGAAAUGAAGUCCGC